AUGGUGAAGAGGGCUCGGAUAGACCAGACUGUGACUGUGCCGUGCUGGAAUCUGGACUGUGGUAGUGGUAGUGUUGGUGUUGGUGUUGGUGCUGGUGCUGGUACUAAUACUUCCAGUAUUUGUGGUAGUAGUGGUGGUGUUGUUGUUGGUUUUGAACCUGCUGAAGUCAUGGAUGAAGAUCCAGAGUCAGACGAACUAUUUGCAGAAAACAUAGUCUCGGGGGGAGAGGCCGAAGAAGACGACACAGAUGAUCGAGAUCGUUUCCUGUUUGAUGAUGGUAGUGGUAGUGGUUGUGGUGGUGACUGUGGCUGUGGCUGUGAUGGUAUUUGUAUUGGUACUAGCACUGGUAUUGGUAUAGGUAUUGGUAUUGGUAUUCGUGGUUUGUAG